GUGGAACUGUUGCUUUCUGCUCUGGUGCAGCUUGCUGCAGCGUGUGACUGCAGCCAGGAUGGCAACUCUGACUGUAAGGCUGGCCCUGACUUCCUUCCUCCUGGGCCUCUCCUUUCCAAGAACAGUCUCAGCAAACGACAGGGGUCGUGUUCAAAAGCAAGCAGGAGACACUCUUAACAUGGAGUGCACAACCAAAAAAGACCAAGAGAGUUUCUGUCUCAUUGUGAUGCGCUCUAACAAGCCCAAAGUGCAGUAUUAUUAUGACAGCAAAGCCAAGCAGCUAAACACAAGUGAAGACUACAGCAAGAGAGUGAAAACCUUUGGGAAUCUUGGGAAUCUAACCAUAUCGAUCAAAAGCCUUCAGCAGAAAGACUCGGGGCUCUACCUGUGCCAUUACUACAGCAAACAAAAAGAUGAAGAAAUGGAGGCAGAUGAUGUUUUUCUGGUAGUGGAAGAGGGAUGUCCUGAGAAAGCAGCUGUCCCUGAGUCACUGCUGCUUGUGAUAGUAGUGAUAGCUUGUGGAGUCCUGCUACUGUGUACCCUGGCCGUGGUGGUGUGGUUGGGAGACAAGGUGAAGGCCCUGUGUGUGAAUCAGGGAAAUACUGUAUCCAGGACUUGUAACCCAGUCUAUGAAGAUAUGGCCAUCCACCGUGAUCAACUAAAGGACUAAGCUCAUCUUUACUGUAGUUGUUUUUUUUUUCUUUGACUAAAAGUUUGUUAUGGAUGAACAUUUAGAAAAAAUGCUCAGAACACCCUCCCAGAAAUAUAUUUAGUAACAUUCGGUACAAAAAAAGAGACUUUUGACUGUGGUGAAACUGUUGGACAAACUGCUAUCAAAGCAGAAGAUUGUAAAUUCAUUUAUUUUCUUUUUUGUCUUCUAUAAACUCUUUUCUCUCACCCUCCCUCUUUCCCUCACCCCAACUCUAUUUUUCUCUAUCCCAGCGAUGUUAAAUUUCACAACACUUUAGGACAAGUUUCAGCAGUACAAACACAGCAAUGUUUAAUGUAAGAGUCAAAGUGUUAAAACAGCCUGUAAUAUGUUCUGCCAACAUACAACGUAUUAGGUUAUGAGAGUGAUAUACAGAAAUCUGGAUCCACUUGAGGUCUCUUGUAGUUUGUAGUUUAACUUAGUUUAUGUUUUUAUUUGCAGUCCGAAAGUCAACUAUGGUCAACUACAACACCAAGUUUUCUGUUUUGGGAGGAAUAACUUUAUCAGCAAUGAAUGCUAGCAACACCCUUAUAAAUUAACAUAGCAUUAGAUUCUAAGGUUGGUAAUUAAUGAAUUAUACCACACAAGUAGACUGUAGUCCCUUAGCUGUCCAUACAGCUGUAAAUACUGUUAUUUUUUAAUAUACAACAUGGAUAAGAUAGAUGCUGUCACGUUGUGGCCCCGCCCCCUCCUCAAACGUCUUGGUGUGUGUGUGUUCGUCUGUGUUGCCACGCCCUCUUGUGUCGUUCACCU